AUGCAGUGGUCUUGGAAACAGAACGCAUCUUGCUUUAUCGGAGCGCUCAGGGAAGGAAAUGAACAACCGGAGCUAUUUGCAAGGUCUUGGCAAGGAAGACUGUCGGCGCUGUACUGGCGAGUGCCGAUAUUUUUAUGGGCCUUCACGAUAAUAUCCUGGUCUGCGGUAUCAUUUUGGGGCACCAUUGACAAGUACCUGUUAUAUAUGACACAUUGGGGACUGAUUCUAAUUCUACUGGAGUCUUUCUUCGGUAUAGUUGUAGCUACGCAGAAAUUCAGUCAUUUUCCAGAUUUGGGACCUACGCUUCCGUGGUAUAUAAAAGUAUAUUGGGUGCUAUAUAACAUCACCAUUCCUGUCGCCUUUCUGAUCACUGUCUUCUACUGGGUUGUAUUAAAAUCCGCUGUCAAGAACAUUAAUUACGCUCCAAACCCAGUACUGGACGUGAUGCUGCACGGCAUCAACUCUAUGGUGAUGUUUCUGGAGCUAAUGUUAUCGGCGCACCCCAGCCGCCUUCUCCAUAUUAUGCAGCCCUUGUACUUUAGCCUCGUGUACUUGCUGUUUACACUUAUUUACUACAGUGCGGGAGGACUCGAUCCAUGGGGUCACGUAUUCAUCUACCCAGUAGUCAACUGGUCGAAACCGGAGCAAACAUUAGUUGUGGCCGUGUUAACGGGCCUUUUUCUCGCACUGAUGCAUAUUGUCACGGUUGCGCUCGCAACAAUACGAGAUCUCAUUGCAAGACGUUGCAUCAGCAGUUCAUCAGGAGUAUACAACGACGGAUUCGAACCUUAA